AUAUAAGAGAAAAGAACAAUCCGGUUGCACAGCUCUGUGAGUUUCUUGUACAACAGACAUGUUCUUCAACAUAUUUCUCCUUGUACUUUCUGUCCUCCAUUUGUGUGGGGCAAUGGAGAGUGGUAUUAUUGGAGGAAGGGAAGCAAAACCACACUCCCGACCCUAUAUGGUGUCUGUUCAGAUUAACAAUGAGCACAAGUGUGGUGGAAUGCUUCUCAAAAAAGAUUAUGUGCUGUCUGCAGCCCACUGUGUAAAUGAAACUGAAUACCCUGGAAAGGUCAAGCUGGAAGUGGUACUGGGAGCUCACAACAUCAAUAAGAAGGAGCGCCAACAGCAGAGAAUCCAAGUGCAGAAAUUCAUCAAGCAUCCCUGUUACAAGAGGAAAGAAAAUCAAAACGAUAUCAUGCUACUGAAGCUGAAGUCCAAAGCCAAGCUGAACAAGGUUGUGCAGGCCAUUAAUCUUCCUAAGAAGAAUGAGAACCUUCUAGACAAUAAGAAAUGUUCAAUAGCUGGCUGGGGCAAGACAAGUCAGAACAGUGGCGCAUCAGAUGUCCUACGAGAGGUGACGCUUAAAGUACAAAAUAACUCUCAGUGCAAGAUACUUUGGCAACAAUAUUUUGACACAGACAGCAUGAUCUGCACUGCCCCUGAUGGGAGAGAUGCUUUUUGUCAGGGUGAUUCAGGAAGUCCUCUUAUCUGUGGAAAUAAACCACAAGGAUUAGCUGCAUAUACCUACCCUGAUGACUGCUUAAACCGCAACUAUCCAGAGGUAUAUACGAAGAUCUCCUACUAUCUUCCAUGGAUUAAAGAAAUAAUAGGCUAAAGAGUGAAUGAACACAAUGCAUGUAACCACGAUCAAAUAAUGGAAGUAACAACAAUCACAAUAAAAUGUAC